AAAAACUAAGGCGUAGUCUUCCAAACCUGUCCAGGACAUGUAACAUCCAAGCUGAGUCUGUGAAAAACAGCAGAAGUGACUCAAACUUCCAAGUGCCAAAUGGAGGGAUACCUCGCAUUCAACCUCAAGCCUCAGCCAUACCUUCUUCAAGUAAAUUCCGUUCACCUGCAGCACCGUCUCCUCUAGCUCUCCGACAACCAGUGAAAGCAUUUAGUAACCAUGGACCUGGUUCAGUUGCUUCUCCAGAAACCACCCAGCUGCCACACGGUAGUUCUUCACCAGGGCCUCUCGCAGCCCAGAGUUCAGGCUUGCCAAGUUCUGCCAGCGGCAUUAACAGUACCACUCUUACCAGACCGGCAGGGACAGCAGGGAUGAGGAGUGGUUUGCCCAGACCCAGUGCCCCUUCUGCGGGGGGCAUCCCAGUGCCUCGUAGCAAACUUGCACAGCCUGUUCGCAGAUCAUUGCCCACUCCCAAAAACUAUGGCAACAUGAAAGACGAGAGUUGGAAAGAUGGCUGCUACUGAACUGCAAAGUUUAAUGCAAAGUUCCAGUGCUCAUGGAUGCUUCCUCACCAGGCUACAAGCCAGCUUGAUUAUACAAACUGUUCAGAUGUGACUCUUGGGAUUUAUAAAAAUUCCAGACCUCUCUGUCUCUAAUUAGCACAAACUGGCAGAGAUUAUAUGGCAGCACUUUAUUGACAUCUAACAUCAGAUGUUUGUUGAUCAUACAAUCACUUCCACAUUAGAUUGCUAUCAGUUCUGGGUUGGUUUUAUUGCUUGCUAAAAAUGUAUCAAUAUGAGCAUUUAUGACAGUGGCCAAUGUCUGGGCAAAAACCUAACGAAUGCCAAAGAAAUGCCCAUCUUGAAAAACAGCAAGUAUAACAGUCAACUUACAUUGUCCAAAACUUCAUUUUAAGCUUGUUUUAAUUCAGCAAAAAGAUCAGUGAAUAUGUACUGUUGAAACAAGACUACAUUAAUGAGAGCUGAUGUUCUGAUUGCAGACUGCUGCAGUGCUAGUGAAACAUUGCUUUUAUCAAUUGUGUGAGAUUCUCACUGGGGAAAGUGGUACGUGCAUCCUUCAGAAAAUCAGAAGUGACUCUGGAGGAUUAGGCAGAAC